AUGUGGAUAGAUGUCCAAAAGGAUUUGGGCAUCUGGGUCUCCUCAAGAUUGUCCUUCUCACUACACCAUGAGAAAUCGUCCCAAAAGGCAUUCGCCACUUUACGGAUGAUCCUACGCACCUUCUCCCGUAUCACUCACAUGGACUUCCAAAUACUCGACGGGGCCUACGUCAGACCGCUCCUGGAAUACGCCAACCAAGUUGUCUACUCAGGGCGUACGAAAGAUGUCACCCUCAUUGAGCGUGUGCAGCGGGCCGCUACGAGAAUUGUUGCCGGCCUCAAAUCCGUGGACUACGAAACGCGUCUCGCGAUGCCUGAUCUAUUUCUCCUCGAGUACCGUCGCCUCCGAGGAGACCUAAUUCUUACUUAUGCCCUGUUUGAACAAAGCUUGGCAAACAGGUUUUUCACCGUUGACCCAGCGAACACACGGCAAGGAGAUGUUCGCCGGGUGGCUCGCAGAUUUGGAUUUCGUGAAGUCGAAGAAGACGAUGAAUGGAAUCUCUAUUGGACGGAUUUUUCAGUUUCUCUUGACAGAGUAUUUGUUAUGAAAACAUGGCAGCCUUUUUUAAUUGAUGGAUAUAAGUUCGACAUGCGGCUCUAUGUCUUGCUUACUUCGUGUGAUCCCUUGCGGAUAUACAUGUUCAAGGACGGUCUCGUGCGUUUCACCACAAUUCAAUACGUUGAGCCAAACCAACGUAACAUGCACAAUAUGUACAUGCAUUUGACAAACUACGCUGUACAGAAACAUAGUGAUGGCUACAUUCGCGAUGAUGAGGAAGGUGGGACAAAGCGACGUAUCACGACACUCAACCGGUGGUUCACCCAAAACGGCUAUAACCUUGAAAAAGUUAACCAUUCACCAAGCUUCAGUACUGACAGCAAACUGGACAAGGAAAUCAAAGAGGCCAUGUUGUGGGAUACGUUGCAGCUAGUUCAUUUCGGCAUGGUAACUAAAAAGAAGUGUGUGGAGGACGAACGAAAGAGAAUACGAAGCAGGUUGUUGCAGAAAAUGCAAAAGAAGGAAAUAAAAGAUGCGAACGAGAAGAAAGUGGCAGAAUCCGUUACAAACGCAGAACGCUACGAGAGCGCCCACGUUGGGAACUUUCGCCCAAUCUUCCCCUGUGCGAAUAUGGAAAGAUACGAGCCGUUUCUCACUCCACACGCACCUUUUUAUCAAGAAACAAUGACGUACAAAGUUCGAAGUGAGUGUGCACGGCAACUCCGAGAAGAGAUACGUCAGAAGCAAGAAAAACUAGAUGCCAUUCAGAAUAGAAACAAAAUUCCCCAACCAGAGAGUCCCGCACCUAAGAAGAUUACAACGAAAGUGCAGCGAUGCAUAAAUCGAAUCGGAAGUGGGCGCAAUAUAUCUUCGAAGCGCCCAAUCUCCGUACCCCGCCACUCAGUUGGUGACCGUGGAACAUCGGAAGCAACUGCGUCAGUCGCAAUGUCAGCAGUCCAUCAAUCCGGACGCAUGAACCCAAAUUUGAUGCCCCAGGCUAUUGUCCCAGAGGAAGAAGAGGAAAGGAUGAGGAAUUUGCAAAUCAGAGAACGGCUAAUGCAAACAACUGGCGUUAUCGAUAUGGUAAGACGCUUGCUAAUGAACAGCCGUGGCGUGCAGGCAACCUUUCCUACCGAACCGUAUUUGGUAAAAGCGGACGAAGGUGUACCGAACUCGAAGAACGACCGUCCAACUUCAUUGGCUGCCCAGCUAUCACGGGUCUACCAUCCCUUGGAAACGACUGGUACAGUCAACCGUCAGAUUUUUUUCUCACGGAGCAACUCAAGCCAUCGCGAUGGGACAAACGGACAGCCAUCGAUUGAUAUUCCGAACUUGCUGGAUCAAGGCAACCCGACAAAAGUAACUGAUCAACAAGCUCUGGCGUCCCUAUCACGCAACAAUCCAAGAAAUUCAUUAACACGUCACACACCUGUGAAUUCAACGGAACAGAGGCUACCACUGUGGAGGGGCUUGGCAUACCCUAUGGUUCGCCCAUGUAAACCUAUACUUGCGACCGCCUCUGAGAGAACAGGCCGCCAAAGGAGCCACACACCCAGCACGUGCCGUCAGAACGGACUACAAACAGCUCCCGACAGUACGCUCCUACACGAACGAAACCCAAUCAACAGACAGCCCUUCGGUGUAAGACCUGCGACAUACUUCGAGCGAAAAGCAGAAGCCAGAGAAAUUAUAGGAGAACUACUGAUCAAACCGAUCCUGGCAAACACUGGUUUCGAUAGAAUAAGCGACCAACACCAAAAAGUAAAUGGUACACAUUUCAGGAUGAGUAACAACUCAGCGGUUACCGGUGAUACCCGGUGGGACGAACGCUAUCGACUGGGUAAACAUUCUGCUCCGGUGAAAGGUUCUUCAAACUGGAGAGCAAAAGAAAAGUGUCGGGAGAUAUCAGCAGCUACCAUCCCACGCUUCACAGAGACGCGGCUUCAUGUUUCUCCAAAGGAAAGUAAAAACCCACCGUCGCCACGGCGACACCAGGCAACCGAGUGACUUCUUUAUCCGAUACAGAAUGAUUCCUAAUGCGCCGACUAAAGUGGGAGUUAUCCACUUAUUCAGAUUGUUCACCUCAAUCGUUGUAUGACUCUUUUGCACGAAAAAGAUUGACGAGCUGAAUCGAAGCUGGAAAGUGCUGCACAGAACUCAAGAAUAAAUUUGACGGUCUGAGUUGAACCACGAAAGAUUCUGUUUUGCUUUGACUGGAAUGACAUAAAAUGGAAGGAUAACUUUGAGGAACUCAGGGAGAGUCCUAC